AUGUCCGCCGUGCGCGGUCCACAGCUGCAGACACCCUCGUCACCCGCCGCCAACAACGCCAUGCCUGCCCCCAAGCCAGACCUGGCCAGCCCGCCCUCGGACUCCUUCGUCGCGCUGCGCGAAAAGGUCUCCCAGCCCGUCAUCGCCGCCUUUUGCGCAGGCGGUGUCGCCGGCGCAGUCUCCCGCACCGUCGUCUCGCCCCUCGAGCGGUUAAAGAUCCUCAUGCAGGUGCAGAGCGCCGGCCGCGAAGCAUACAAACUGUCCGUCGGCCAGGCCUUGGCCAAGAUGUGGCGGGAAGAGGGCUGGAGGGGCUUCAUGCGCGGCAACGGCACAAACUGCAUCCGCAUCGUCCCCUACUCUGCUGUCCAGUUCAGCAGUUACAACUUUUACAAGAGAAACAUCUUUGCGUCCCAUCCAGGCGCCGAGCUGGCUCCCGUCACUCGCCUCAUCUGUGGCGGCGCCGCGGGUAUCACCUCCGUCUUCCUCACAUAUCCCCUCGACAUUGUUCGCACGCGCUUGUCGAUCCAAUCAGCCAGCUUUGCAGAGUUGGGCAAGAAGCCUCAGCAGCUGCCCGGCAUGUGGGCGACCCUGGUGCACAUGUUCAAGACAGAGGGCGGCGUCUCGGCUCUGUACCGGGGCAUCAUCCCUACCGUAGCCGGCGUCGCGCCCUAUGUUGGCCUCAACUUCAUGGUGUACGAGUCUGUCCGCCAGUACUUGACCCCUGACGGUGAUAAAAACCCAAGCGCGGGGCGCAAGCUGCUCGCUGGCGCCAUUUCAGGAGCUGUUGCGCAAACUUGCACCUACCCCUUCGAUGUGCUGCGUCGACGAUUCCAGAUCAACACCAUGUCCGGCAUGGGAUACCAGUACAAGUCCAUCACGGAUGCCGUCCGGGUCAUUGUCACACACGAAGGCGUCAGAGGUCUUUACAAGGGCAUCGUGCCCAAUCUACUCAAAGUCGCACCAAGCAUGGCCUCGAGCUGGCUGAGCUUUGAAAUGACACGCGACUUCCUGGCGGGCCUCAAGCCCGAAGGGGACGCCGAAUCUCUGUGA